UAAUUUACUUCUACAAAAAGUAUCGUUUAUAUUAUUGAUAUAUAUUAUAAGUUUUGCGACAAGUAACACGGGACAAUUCCGAAAUGCCGGAGUCGUGACGGCGUCAGCUCGUGCUCAGAUCACGACAAAACUCGGCCUUCACCUUGAGCAGACACGCACGCGCCGCCAUCAGCGUGUAACGAGAGAUUAAUGGCUCUUUUUGUCACGCGCCCCGCUUAGCGACACACGAUAAAAUGGACGCUGUUGUUUAUGUGCGCACAUGAACCUAUUGUGUAGAGCAACAAGCCGAUAAUGGAGAAGCGACGGAGGGCGCGAAUCAACAACUGCUUGAAUGAAUUGAAGGCGCUGAUACUGGACGCUAUGAAGAAAGACCCGGCAAGACAUUCGAAACUGGAAAAGGCUGAUAUCCUGGAAAUGACGGUGAAGCAUCUGGAAGGCCUGCGAUCGGAGAGCAACGGGUCCCCGGAUCGAUUCCGCGCUGGGUACAGGCAGUGCGUGUCUGAAGUGGCCAAGUUCCAAGGGCUGGAGUCAGGGUUGAGGAGAAGACUUGUGAAGCAUCUAGAGUCGUGUGUGAACACUCCUGGAGCCAGGCCCGCUGGAGCGCCCACACCGCCCUCAGACACUGAGGAUGCCUUGCCUCAUCACUCUACCAUUUUUAUUUCGGCCGGUCCUGGCUCUGGGGUCCGCUUGGUGCCCACACGGCUGUCUAAUGGCGACAUCGCGCUCGUCCUGCCGGCCGGGGUCACCGCCAACAACCUCGGAGCGAUGCCCACUCUCGUGCCGCUCUCACCACGAGACGCUUCCUCUUCCUCAUCAUCAGAACCCAGGUGCUACUCCCCAGCUAGUUCAGGCUGGAGCACACCACCCCCCUCUUCCGAAGAACCUGCUCCCCUAGCCCUCGUCACCAGAAGACAGCCGCCCGAAGACAAGCCUUGGAGACCUUGGUGACACUACUUCCAUUCCCUCAUCGGUUCUGUGAUAUUAUAAUUGUACAUAUUGGAGUAUUGAAGUUCCUAGCUAUAAUGCAUAGUGUAUGUGAAGACUUUAUCUAGUUGUCAAAAGUUACUUGCUUGGUCAGUUGUUUUGAGUGAUGUUUGUAUUUAUUUGAAAAUUUUCGAGGUAACAGCUAAAGUACUAUAAUUUAGGAUAACAUUUACAUUGAGCAUGAUAACACUCAUGAAUUUUCACAUAUAGACUCAUUUAAAAGGUAAUAUUUGCUGCGUUGUUGCUUAGUGAGAUAAAUAAACCCUUGAUACUCGUAUAUUUAAUGAUCAAAGACAGAAUAUCGCGUAGCGUCUCACUAUACUGACGGUGCCGCGGCUGCAAAUACAAGGGACAUCUCUAAUCAAUAUUGGUAAAAAUAAAUAAUAAUCCCAAAGUGAAAAGUUAUAUUGCCUGUCUUGUGCUCUGUGUAAAUAAAUAUCUCCGUAACAAUAAAUGUAAGCCGUAGAAUAUAACUUGUAUAUUUAUGGAUGACAUCUGAGGCAGUAUUUCAUGCAUGGACUCGACAGUCCUUUUCAUUACAUAAGAUAGAUUUAAAGUGCCAUUUAUUCAUUUAAUAUUUAUUAAGUUCAUUUACCUUGUAAAUAACGGCUGUAGUCAAUAUUUGCUGAUUAAUAUUUACGCUACGUUUUCAUUUUGUUCCGGGGCUAUUAAUUAUAUUUGAUUAAGUAAAUAAUCCUUUUGCAAUUCCAUGAUUAAUUUUGAAUAAAUAUAAUUCGCUGAGUUUUAUGACGUAAUAUAAAACGGCAGUUUACUAUUCGAGAAACAAAAUUGAAAGAUACUUGAUAAAUCAGAAUAACUUUAUUAUUUUAUAUUUAAUACUUUACAUCUAAUUAUUUUACCUUAACUGCCAUUUUAAAUUUCGUUCUAUAAAUCAAGUAGGGAAUUGUGGAGAGAAUUCUUCGUGCCUUAUACAGCAAAAUCAUACGGUCUUCCACGACAUAGGUUUAAGUAUUGCUAUAAGUAUAUUUGCAUAGAGCAUGAAACCGCGGCGACUUUUGUAGAUUGUAUGUAAAUGUAUGCGUAAUGCGUUACGACAAUUGUCGACCGUACAUGUUCCCUGCAAUAAGGCUUAAUGAGAUGUAAAACAGUUUGCUAGAUAUUAAACACGUAUUUUUAUAUUGUUACCGAAAUAAACCAUUAGUAUAGUGUCUUCCUUCAUUAGUUACCGAUACCGAUCGUUGGAUAUUGUUUGGGAUUAUAUAAAUCGAUUAUAUUUUGCAAUGUAUAAAUGUUUCUAACUUUGUGGGUCAUCCAACUUAUUGACACACCACUGAAAUAUAGGUGAAAUAUUUGUAUUUACAUUUAAUGUAAGUAAAUAUAACAGAUGUAUUUAUUGCGACCGACAUGGUUUUGAGCAUUAUUAUAAGUCUUAUUAUUAUUUUAAUAUAAAUUACUAUGUUAAGAAAAAGUGAUACUAUUUUACAUACAUUUAUGAUGCCUAAUUAUAUUAUUGUAAAUAUGAGAAAUGUACCUAAAAUAUGCCAUUAAUUGUGUAAUAAAUCAAUAACAUAAUA